UGCGGGGGACGGUAAGCGUGCAUCUUUUCCGGUCAGAUAUAGAUCGAAUGAAAAAAGCAUUAAUGGAGGAGGCAGUAAGGCUAUGGCUUGGAGAGACUGCAUACACCUACUAUGGUACAUUUCGGAGGAGAUAAUACUUGUGAACUGGGCAGCUCUCACUGGGCUGGGUGGCGAUACCAGGCGGGUGGACAGAGGCUCAUCCUUGCGACCUGAACGCAUAUAUAAAUGCUUCUCCCCAUCUCUAGACGAGAGUAGACAUACCACAAGAAGCAUCGAGACAUCUGCAACGCCCAGACUGACCAAAGGACGCGAGCCAUACAUACAGUCAACAUUAAUACCUACCCAGCGUAUCCGCAGACAUUAGAUAUCGGACACCAUGCCUACUACUCACCCCGAGUUCAACGAGAAAACCGAAGCGCUUGACGUCGCCAAGGCGUUCGCCGACCAGAUUCGCGGCAGGACGGUGCUAGUGACGGGCGUGAACCGCGGAGGGAUCGGGUUCACCACCGCGCAGGCGUUUGCAUCCCAAUCCCCGGCGCACCUCAUCUUCGCCGGCCGCACCCCGGCCAAGCUCGAGGAGUGCAUCGGCCUGAUCAAGGCCGAGUACCCCGACGUCGACUACCGCGCGCUGCAGAUCGACCUGUCGAGCCAGAAGUCGGUGCGCGCGGCGGCGGCGGAGCUGCUCUCGUGGGCGGACGUGCCGGCGAUCGACAUCGUGGUCAACAGCGCGGGGGUGAUGGGCACGCCGGAGCGCACGCUGACGGCGGAGGGCAUCGAGCUGCACAUGGCGACGAACCACGUGGGGCACUUCCUGCUGACGUGCCUGAUCGCGGCGAAGCUGGUCGCAGCGGCAGGGCGGCGCGGGGGCGCGCGCGCGGUCAACGUGACGUCGGCGUCGCCGACGGUCGCGGUGAUGCGCUGGAGCGACCCGCGCUUCGAGACGCGCAACGCGGACCUGCCGGCGGCGGAGCAGCCGCGCUACGAGAUGCUGGAGCUGUUCGGCAACGCGGGGCCGCGCGAGCGGGCGUACGUGCCGGUCGAGGCGUACAACCAGAGCAAGGUGGCCAACGUGCUGUUCAGCGUGGGCGCGAACGCGCGGCUGCUCGCGCGCCACGGCGUGCUGAGCCUCGCCGUGCACCCCGGCGUCAUCCCGACCGAGCUCGGCCGCGACUUCACGCCCGCCAACACGGCCGCGCUCGAGGCCAUGCGCGCCAGCGGCUUCCUCGCCUUCAAGACCCUCGGCGCCGGCGCCGCCACCAGCCUCGUCGCCGCGCUCGACCCCGCCCUCGGCCCCCCCGACGCCGCGCCACGCGACGGCCGCGAGAACCACGGCGUCUACCUCGCCGACUGCCAGAUCUCCGACAAGGCCCAGCCCCUCGCCGUCUCGAGCGCCGAGGCCGAGAGGCUGUGGAAGGCGUCCGAGGAGAUGGUCCAGCAGAAGUUCGAGUGGUGAGCCGGCGAGUCUUGAAGGGGGAUAGGGGAAGGGGGGCGUCGUGUACUUUAAGGUGUCGUGCCGCUUUCUCUGUUAGGUAUCUUUCCUGGUGGAGGUUAUAUGCAUUGUUACCGGACGAAGAGCGCCAUAUGGC